UCCAGGUGCAGGCAGGUGGGGCCCAGUAGGUGGGUAGGCGGGUCUCUGCACCUCUGCCACCCACGGGAAAACUGAUCCCGCUAAUCUAUUUGGCUGACCAGUCAGGUGGCUGCACUGGGUGUUUGUCAUCCCUGCCAGGCAGGCCCAGCACCAGCUGCGGGGACCGGACCAUGCGGGGGACAUGGCUGGCGCUGCUGGCGCUGGUGCUGGCUACUGGAGGCGCACUGUCCCCCUCAGCCUGGUGCUACACCUGUCACAAGCCCAGCAGCCUGUCCGGUUGUGUCACUGCCGCCACCUGCAACGCCAACGAAACCAUGUGCAAGGCCACACUCUACUCCCUGGAGAUGGUGUACCCCUUCCCGGAGGACUCCACAGUGACCAAGUCUUGUGCCAGCAAGUGAGUGCCCUCGGACGUGGACGGCAUUGGCUUGACCCAGCCCGUGUCCUGCUGCAACACUGACCUGUGUAACAUGGAUGGGGCGCCUGCGCUGGGCAGCCCCUAGGCCUGGCCUUCACCCUCCUGCUCAUCCCCCUCUGGAGCCUUGGCUUCUAGAGCCCGGCCCUCCAGCCUCGAGCAGCCCCGCUCUGAGUGCCACUGAAGAAUAUGGGCCCUCACCUGCA